AUGAUUUCCACCGGGUUCACUUGGGGAGAUAAAUCCCUAGAGCCAAAGUCCACUACCCCCAAUAGAUUUGCAUACACACGAAAGAGGAAGACUCACGAUGAAGACUCCUCCAAGAUACAUAAACCUUCAUCCAACAAGAGAAGCUCUUCGGUUGUAGGGUCAUCUAGCACAAGCACUUCGUCAUCUUCUCCCAUAGCCGUAGCUUCGUCUAGGCACAAAAAGGUGAAAACUCCCAAAAUCCUUGGUGAAGCCUUACCCUUGGAUAGAGUCAUUGAAGUUUUAGACGUCAACCAAUUACAGGCACUUUUACGAAACGUCAUCCAAUUGCAUCCAGAAAUCAAUGAAACAGUGCUGAAGCUAGCACCCAAGCCAAACUUAAGUGACUCGCUCAAGUUGAUCAAAAUGAAGUUUGAUGAUAUACUCUCCCACUUACCUUAUAAAUGUGACAUGGAAUCAGACUACUCAUACCUCCGUAUCAAGCCAUAUUUGAAUGAAUUCUUCCACUGCUUGAGUGAUUUCAUAUUGAAUUACCUCCCACCCGUGGAGAUAAAUCUUGCUACCAGUUUGAAGUUCUUGGACAACAUCACCAACUUGAUUCACGCAUUACCAAAUUUCAACAAUAACGAGUUCCAGUACACCAAAAUGAUGGCUUACGAUCAGGUGGUAAACUGCUGGAUGAUAGUGUUGGGUGGAGGUAGAGAUCACCAUCCUACACCUGAACAGCAAGAAGAACCAAGGCCCGCUUCAUCUGAUGACAUUAUAUCCAUUAUCCACGACUUGGAAAUCGAGUCUAAGCUUGACCAUCACAACGAAAUGUCUGCUGGUAAAUUCAAAACUGUACAAAGUUUUGUUAAGCUGGCCAUUGAAAACUAUGAGAUGGUCAACCAGCAUAUGGGUGGAAACUCAUUGAACGAUCUUAUUACUUUGGAUUACUCGAAUUAUUCGAUAACGGCUAGAUCUUCUCAUUAA